AACAAUUAUUAACAGAAAUCAGAAAUUGUUUGAUGAAAUAAUUCAUUAAUAGAAAUUAUAAAAUAUAUAUAAAUGAAGAGGAAAGAAUAUUAUAUUUAAACCUUUGAAAAUGUUCAUUUAAUAUGCCUACACCCUCAAAAAUACCAAAAUGCUAGAUUCUUCUCCUGAAGAUGAGGAUUUUCCAGGAAGAUUAUUGCAUCAAGCCGCUUUGUGGGACAAUACAGAACUAUUGGAAGAUCUUCUUGAAGGAGGUCAGAGAGAGUUCAUUAAUUCUCAGGAUAGUUGGGGGAGGACUCCUCUACAUGCUGCGGCAAUCACUGACAACUCACUCUGCCUGAAAAUACUCCUUGCAAAUGGUGCUAACCCGAAUAUUCCAUGUGGCCCGAGAGGGGAAAAUAAAACCCCCUUACAUCUUAGUGCGGAACAUGGUCACAUUACAAAUGUAUCCAUGUUAUUAGAGCAUAAUGUUGAUCUCUUACAGAGAGAUUACAAUGGUAUGACAGCAACAGAUUUAGCGGAUAAACUGGGACAUAAUUCUUGUGUAUCUCUAUUGAAGAGUGCUGCAGAUGCCAGAGAGAAGAACAGACAGAGCAGCCACUCAGCCCUCAGGGUGGCCUGCACGCAGGGUGACGUCACUUCCGUUAAGCAGAUCAUCUCUUCCCUAUCCAAAGAUGCCGAGCUGAUAAUAAACAUGGCACCCAGUGGUGCCAACACUCUCCUCUUCCUAGCUUGCCAGGUAGGCAGCAAAGACAUAGUGAAGACGCUGCUGGAACACGGCGCAGACGCUAGAUACCACCCCAUAACGAAGUACUCGCCCCUUUACAUAGCCUGCUAUCACGGCCACCAGGAGAUCGUGGAGAUCCUGCUGUUGCGCUUUCCCGAGCUGGUGCAACAGCACACCGUCGAGAGGUGGCUGCCCACUCACGCCUGCUGCAUCAACGGCCACGCGGGCGUCCUAUCUUUGCUCUUCAAUUUUCCUUAUCCAAGUCACGUCCUACGCAAAUAUAGAGAUGCAACCGAAAAAUGGGAAUACUUCAUGCCUUUCGACAUCAACGAGAGAGAUGCUAGUGGACAGAAUAUUUUGUAUCUGGCUUGCCUGCUUGGCAACAAGGCCCUCCUCGACGUCAUUAUUUCCUUCAAAGUCAGAGCAACCAGAGUCAGAAAGGACGAUGAGGUCGUCUCCCCACUAGUUGAAGAGGCGGCCACGCCCCUCAGUCCUAAUAAACGCAGGAUAUCGGACGGCAUCCAGUCCAUCAUGUCCAAGCUGAAUCUAGCCAGGAGCCCCUCCGUGGACAAAAGCGAAGUGUCCUCGCACCAGGUCUCUGUUUGUCCCCUCAAAGUGGACAUGUACUGCAACAACAACACCGAGACGGCUCUGCAUGCAGCCGUCAAGGGGAAGCACUACGAGAUCGUUGCCGCUCUCCUGAAGAUGAAGGCGGAUCCAAACGCCAAGAUCAGGGUGUACCACGACAUCGGAGACAAUUUCACCUGUUCCAUGUUAGAAGAAGACUUGAACUCUGUCGAAUCAACCGCUCUAGAAGAGGCCUGUUCCAACAGAGACGUCGCCGUUGUCGAUCUACUUCUUAAGAACGGGGCCAGAGAUGAUGAUUGUAAGGCCCUGGUGAUAGCGUUCAAGAACAAGGAUGAAACGCUGGUGGCCAAACUUCUGUCGACAAAGGCCCAUCCGGAUAUCGAGUUCAAGAUCAACAAGAAGGCCAUGACGGAGAGCGUGAACGGUCCCCAAUACAGGCUGUUCUCCAACGUGACCCAGCUGACGUACAGCGCCAUGUUCCCAAACGCGCCAACCAUGAUCAACUGGCACAACCAGAAGUGCAACCUGAACCACGUCAAGAAGCAGUGGCUAGUCGACUGCGCCCUGCACCUGAACCCCAAGCUGAAGCAGAAUCCGAGGAGCCACGACCUCUCCCUCUACGCCGUGACGCGUCUGGACAUCUCCAACAACAGCCUGACAACUGUCCCCUUGGUGAUCUUCCAGCUGAACAGCCUGAGACACCUGAACCUGUCGCAGAACAAGAUCGAGAAGCUGCCCUUACCCGAAGCUCCACCGAAGGAGAGGAAAGCGGGGUCGAGGAAGAACAGCCAACCUGCGGAACCUCACAGGUUCUCCUGUCCCUGUCUGGAGGAGCUGUACCUGCAGGACAACAGGCUGGACAACAUACCGGAUGAGAUAUUCAAGUUGCCUGCCCUGACGACGCUGGUGGUGUCCAACAACAAAUUGCAGCAGUUGCCUUUCAGCAUGUGGCACGCUGCCAAGUUGAAGGAGCUGAAUGUCUCUUUCAAUUUCCUGAAGGAGCUGCCUACAAAUUACGAGGCAAAAGAAGAUCUGGACCGGAUAAGCAUGAGCUCUAGUGAUAGUCAACUGUCAAAUUAUUUGGAAGAGGGCGAAGGGGGGCAGCGACAUCUGGAUUUCGAUUACGAAACUAAAUUCUCGUUGGAGGAGAAUAUACAGGUUCGCUACAGGCAAAAGGAGAGAGUCAUGAGCCAGAUCGAACUGACCAAACACCACAUCUGGACCAAGAACGUGGACGUGACCGAUCAGGUGCACCACAACAGCGAGACCACGGUCGAGCACAGCUCGCAGUUGUCCGCCCUGAACCUAGCGCACAACCUCUUCACCAGCAUCCCUGUGUCCCUGUCCUGUCUGGCCGUCAACCUGACCAGACUGAACAUGGCCUUCAACAGUCUGCGUUCCAUGUCGCACAUCACCAGCUACCCCAGCUCGCUGAGGCAGCUCGAUCUCAGUCACAACCAGAUCAGCUGCUGGCCCAGUCUGCCUCAGGUGGACACCCAGGACGUGAUGGAGCUGGCCAAUAUAGCCUGCUACUCCGUGGCCAACAACCUGAAGGAUAAGAAUCCAUCCAUAGCAGUUCAGCGUCAGUCUUCCAGAUCGGUGAGAAACACAGUUCUGCACACUGUCUGUUCCCACCGUAGACACCUACGUCUGGACAAUCUAAGGACACUGCUGUUGGCCAACAACCACCUGACCAGGAUCCAGCUGACCACUGACGACGAUGGCGACCUCUUCAACGACGAAGACAGCGCCGACAGGGUCGCUUCGAGCAAGAUCCGUCUCAUGUUUCCUAACCUGUCGAUGUUGGACAUCAGUAACAACAGUCUGAAGGAUGUACCUACUAACAUUCACGAACUAAACAAUUUGUCUGUGCUCAACGUUAGCGGAAAUCUAGAGAUAACCGAUUUGCCGCCCCAGAUGGGCCUGUUGUCCAGGCUGUGGAACCUGAACACCAGAGGCUGCCCGCUCCAGGAGCCCCUCAGGUCGAUGAUAGAGAGCAAGAAGUACAAAACGAUGGACAUCAUCGGUUACCUCAAGUCCGUGCUGGAGGACGCCAAGCCCUACGCCAGGAUGAAACUGAUGAUCGUGGGCAUCCAGGGCAUCGGGAAGACCAGCCUGCUGGAGCAGCUGAGACAGGAGGGGAUCACCAGGAAGCGAUCGGAGCACUGGAUGAAGAGAGUGGGCAGCAAGAACUUGAACAUGAAGCCUGUGAAGGGUAUGAAUAUAUCCACGGUGGGAGUGGACAUAGGCGACUGGAUAUUCGAAAAGAAAAUCAGGAAUCAGUCCACUCAUGGUCCAGUCAUCUUCCGUACUUGGGAUUUUGGGGGCCAAAAAGAAUACUACGCCACGCACCAAUACUUCCUAUCGAAACGCAGCCUAUACCUGGUGGUCUGGAAGAUAUCGGACGGCCAGAGGGGCAUCGGCGAGAUCCUGCAGUGGCUGGUUAACAUCCAGGCCAGGGCCCCAAACGCCCCCGUCCUCAUAGUGGGCACCCACUACGACGUGAUCCAGGAGAUCAACCCCGCCAUAUCUGAAGCCUACCAGCAGAUCAUAAGGGACAGGUUCAUCAACAUCGUGGACCCGGAGAAGUGCGGCCUGCCCAGGGUGCUGGACACGAUCGAGGUCAGUUGCAGGACGAGGCACAACGUUAAGCUGCUCUGCAACCUCAUCUACGACACUGUGUUCAGCAUCAGGUUGCCUGGAAGCAAGGAGCUCCUACUGGAACAGAAAGUGCCUGCUUCCUACCUGGCCCUGGAAGACGUGGUCAAUCACAUCUCCUUCGAAAGGAAAAUGAACGGUCUUGACCCCGUGCUCAACGCUGAACAAUACAAGUCGAUUGUGUCGGUCGAGAUGCAACAGCGUUUCAACAGAACCUUCAGAGACCAUUCCGAGCUUCAUCAGGCAACUAUGUUCCUUCACGACAACGGUGUCCUCCUCCACUACGACGACGCCACCCUGAAAGACCUAUACUUCCUGGACCCCCAGUGGCUGUGCGACAUGCUGGCCCACGUGGUCACCAUCAGGGAGAUAAACCCCUUCGCCAAGACUGGCAUCAUGAAGCUGGACGAUCUGAGACACAUCUUCAGGUCCAACAACAUCGGGGGCAUGGACACCAAGGGCUACAUCGUAAACCUGCUGAACAAGUUCGAGGUGGCCCUCACGUGGGAUUCGAGGACCCUCCUGAUACCCUCACUGCUACCCACGGAGGAGGAGAUGAUCAACUCGCAGGUCUAUCCGGAACUGGGGAACCUCCUGGUUAAGGUGAAGGUGCCCAUAAGGUCCAGGGGAUGGGCGGUGCGCAACAAGAAGAUCACAAUGUCACCGAAGUCGAUGCUGUAUCAGAAUCCAGAGUUUCAGAUGAGCCUGCCAUCCAGUUCUUCUUCUUCUCAUAGGAGUUCUGAACCGGAGGAAGCUUCCACGUCCAGAUACAAACUGAGCAGUUGUCCUUCAGGAAGGUCAAUCUCCAGAUUGCUGCUGAUGUCCUACUUCCCCUCCGGUUUCUGGUCCAGGUUGAUAUCUCGUCUGUUAGCUGACGACACCAUCACCGACAUCAUCAGGUCCUUCUUUGUGGUGCCGAAAGAUCUGGUUCAGGAUCCAGAUCUGUGGAAACUGCUGGACGUCAAAGCGGACUGGAUACUGUGGCAGACGGGGGUUGAACUGCGCUACGGAGACGUCACCCUGUUUAGGCUGAAGGAAGUGCUGCACACCUCCGACGACAUCUACAGACACAUGAGGUUCCGUAUUAAACAAGAGGGCAUAUGGACGGACGUCGACCUGGAGAACAGCUCCAUCCUCGAGAUCUACUUUCCCCUCGACUCCCUAGUGGUGAAAAGAGGCGACGAAGACGAGACAGUUCUGAAGAGCACCAUUGAGAGUACCGCACAGCUGCUGGCGCUGGCUGUGGACCACAUCGACAUCCUGCUGGAGGACUGGUACCCCACGCUCGGCACCAGGUUCGUGCACACCUCGGAGGGAAAGUUCCUGAUCACCCGUCUGGUGCCGUGCCCAAUGUGUUUGUCGCACGCUGCCGAAGGCGACCACGGGUGUCCCUUCAAGGAUCCGCAUGACGCGUCCAGAACGGCCGGCGGCGGCGAUUUCUACCUAGACCAGCAGGCCCCCAGCGUACCACGGAAGUCGCAGGAGUCCAUAAUCUCCGAGAGCGACAGCGGCGUCGGUCACGACUCGGAGUGCUCCAGCAGGAUGGCGUCAGUCGAGGGACAUCCGGCCAUCGCGGUAGGCGGAGACCGGUGCUCUGGCGGCGACCCCACGAACUACUCCUGGAUGGUGGAGGAAUGCAUCCUGGCCGCCUACGACGCCAAGGUGGUCAAGUGUCCCCUGCACGGGGACAUCCCCUUGGCCGAGAUAGCACCAGAUUCGAUCUUCAUGGACCUGGGCGACCGUCACGUGAUCCGAUCGGAGAACGUGAAACGGGGCAGGCUGUUGGGCAGAGGCGCGUUCGGCUUCGUCUUCGUCGGCAGUUGCAAGCUGCGCGGCGGCGAUGUACGCGACGUGGCCAUGAAGAUGCUCCAGCCCGUCCAGCCGGACACCAACGCUGGCCAGUCGGCCGUGGUCGCUUAUAAGGCUGCGCAGGCGAAAUGGGAACGAGAUCCUCUCCAGUACGCGUGCAAAGCCUACUGCACCGCCCGGCAGGAGCUCAACAUCCUGAUGAGCCUGAAACACCCGCACAUCGUGCCUCUGGUCGGCCUGUGCACCAAUCCGCUCGCGCUGGUCCUCGAUCUGGCCCCUCAGGGCGCCCUGGACCUGGCCCUGAGGCACUACAGACGUUCUGGCGCCUCCUUGACUCCUUCUACCUUACAGGCCGUCGUCCUUCAGGUGGCCAAGGCGAUCGAGUACCUGCACCGUCAGCGCAUCAUCUACAGGGACCUGAAGUCGGAGAACGUGUUGGUGUGGCGGAUGCCGGCCCCCUUCGAACCGGACGAGCAGGAGGACGCGCGUCGCCCCACCACGCUGAUCAAGCUGGCCGACUACGGCAUCAGCAGGCUCAGCCUGCCCUCCGGCACCAAGGGUUUCGGGGGCACGGAGGGCUUCAUGGCCCCGGAGAUCAUGAUGUACAACGGCGAGGAGGAGUACACGGAGAAGGUGGACUGUUUCUCUUUCGGCAUGCUGGUGUACGAGCUGCUCACACUGCGUCAGCCCUUCGAAGGUCACGACUCGAUCAAGGAGUGCAUCUUGGAGGGGGGCAGGCCGCCGCUGACGUACAGGGAGACCUUGUACCCCAGCUACUUCCUGGAUCUGAUGGUGUUGUGCUGGUCCCAACAGCACAAGCAUCGACCGACAGCCAGUCAGAUAGUAUCGAUAGCGAGCGCCCCAGAGUUCACUCAUCUCAGCGACGUCGUCUCCCUCAAGCACCAAUCGGAUGUGGUCGCCGCCGCGAGCAUCGGUCUGACACACAUAACAGAUGACGGCCUUCCCGGAUCGGAGAUGUGGCUGAUGUGCGCCAACUCGCGCAUCGACCUCCUGCUCUCGGCCAACCGUUGCUGGAUGCAGUACCACACCAUGAUGCUGCCGAUCAGGGCUACGGCCACCUGCACGGUAGCGCACAUGAUCUGGAUCGGCGAUUACUCCGGCAAGAUACACGGUUACCAGGCUUGCGACGCGCACAUGCUGUUCACCUACGCGCUGGAGAACGACGCCAGCGUCCAGGUGGAGGCGCUGCUCUACCUGGAACCGCUGAAGAGGGUGGCCUGCGCCCUCUCCAACGGCCGUCUGUUCCUGGUCAACUCGGAGGCGAUCCCGUCCACGCCCACUGCCGCAGAAGGCACCUUCGUCAUGACCGAGCUGGGUUCCAGCACCAUCAUCUACUGCAUGUGCGCCGUCUUCUGUCAGGACAAGCAGACUUGCGAAAUAUGGUGCGGUGGCGACAAUGGCUUCAUAUCGAUCUACACGAUCAAGGACCAGGUGGUGGCAGGACACGAGACCAUCAACCACUUCAAUCCGUUGGUCGAAGAAGUGAACGUGAUGAAUCUCAUAGCGGCCGAUAGGACGGUGUGGUCUUACGUACAGCCCGGAUGCGUCGUCUACAGAUGGGACGCUGAGUUCAAGGCUAUCGUUGACAAAUUGGACUGUUCCAAGUUGGUGCCUUGUUCCGAGAGUCUCAAAUCGAUCGCCAUUGAGGAACACCUCAGUCCGACCAAGUGCCAGGUGUCGAGCAUGGCAGUUUUAGGGAACGAGAUCUACAUUGGCACCACAUGGGGCUGUAUAAUAGUCGCGGAAAGUUACACACUUAGGCCCAUCACGAUAUUCAGACCUUAUGAAGAAGAGGUGAGGGCAAUAGUGCCUCUGUCGUUUUCCAAAAACAGCGAGAAGCAGAAAAAUUCCCUGAUAGCCACCAUCGGUAGAGGAUACAGGAAUUUAUUGACUAGGUACACCGAUGUCCAAAUCAACAAUUUGAGUAAUAGCCUGACUAGUCCAACUUUAGGAAAAAACUCCACUGUUUCGUCCUUGAAUCAGAAUAUGUUUGUGCUGUUGUGGAGGGCAAGAGAUUGGAAUGCUGUAUGAUCAUUUUAGGUAUAACUGUACGGACAAAGUUAUUUAUUUAUAGAAUUUAGAGAGAAUACAUUUUUAUUCAACUACUAUAAAGAAAAAAGUACUGAAAACACCAAAUAGUUGUUUUUAUUUUUAGGCAAUAUAAAAUUAUUUUUCCUAAUUAUAUUUAUUCUGGAAUUAUAUAUGUCUGUAAAGGAAAAUAUUAUUUCAUCCAAAAAUGAAUUUUCAAAAAGGAAAACCAUAAAAGUCCCGAUGUGAAUUUUUGUUCGAUAUAUUCGUUCAGGAUUUAUUUAUUGACUGAUUGUGAAGAUAAUUACCGAAGAAUAUUGAAAUGAUUUGAUGGAAAGUGGGGAUGUAUAUAACGAAUUAUAUUUUUACUAUUUAAUGUACCAAACAAAAAAUGAAUUAAAUACAUAACUCUUGUGUUCAUAGCAUUUCUCAUUCAUACUGAAAUGAAUAAUUAUUAUUUGAUAAUUUACCCUAAUAUGACUUUUUGAUCUGUGAUUAUUUCUUGUCAUUUAUUGUUCUUUUUUAUAUAAAGAAUAUUUCUCUGAA